CCCCUGAUCGUUCUUUCUUCCCGUAGACGGGAAGAUUUCCUAAAAACGGCACCGUUUGAACCUGAAGGGCUUCACAGUGGCCACGUGCUUGUCUUCCUCACCAGCUUCUCUCCGCCACGCUGCUCGGUGGUCUCCUCCGUUACUCUGCUCUAUUCCUCAUCUGUUGUUUCUUCAAUUCUUCUUUAUUGCUCAGAAGCUCAUCAAACCAAGUGGUAUUUCCUCAAUUCUCUCUUGUUUUACUGGAUUUUGUUUCCGGGAUUAGGUUACAGGAUGAUGGACUCGGAGAAUCAGGGCUUUGAAGCAGCCCAAUUGUAUUCCUCUCGUGAUGAGAUGGAAAAUUUGGUUCUCAAGGAGCCCUUAAGCUCCAAAUCUUUCUCUAAUUAUCGCAGUGCUAUGUCCUCCCUCUCUGAUUCCCACCACCCUUUGGCGCCGCCCACUAUUCUUACACCCGCUGACUCAGAUCCCCUGCUUUCGCCGCCGCUCGAUCGAGAUCUCCGUAAACCUAAUGCGUCUGAUCAUUUUAUCUCUGAGCCGCUUCACUUUUCUGAUCUGAGUUUCGGUCCGGUCGAUGGGAAUCAUGUUACUGAUGUUAAUGGUGUUGAAAGCCCUAGUAAGAGUUCCGUAAGUUCUGGGGGUUUGUCUAGAUCUUCCUCUUCCAACUCUGAUUAUAUUAGAAUUACAGUCUCGAAUCCUCAGAAGGAGCAAGACGUUUCGAAUUCGAUAGUGCCUGGUGGGAAUUCGUACGUUACGUAUCUGAUCACUACGAGGACGAAUAUACCAGAGUUUGGAGGAUCAGAAUUUAGCGUUCGAAGGAGGUUUAAGGAUGUUGUGACGCUAUCUGAACGUUUGGCGGAGUCCUACAGAGGAUUCUUUAUACCUCCACGGCCGGAUAAGAGUGUGGUGGAGGGGCAAGUGAUGCAGAAACAAGAAUUUGUUGAGCAGAGAAGGGUGGCGCUGGAGAAAUACUUGAGGAAACUAGCAGGGCAUCCAGUGAUUAGAAAGAGCGAUGAGUUUAAGGUAUUUCUGCAGGUUCAAGGGAGAUUGCCACUGCCAACGACGACUGAUGUUGCGUCUAGGAUGUUUGAUGGAGCAGUUAAUCUCCCUAAGCAGUUGCUCAAUGAGAGCGCAAUGGAGCCUCAGGAGGUGGUUCAGCCAGCCAAAGGUGGAAGGGAUUUGUUAAGAUUGUUUAAAGAAUUGAAACAAUCUGUGACGAAUGACUGGGGCAGUUCAAAGCCUCCAGUUGUCGAGGAGGAUAAGGAAUUCUUGGAAAAGAAAGAAAAGUUGCGCGAUUUUGAGCAGCAGCUCAGUGCUACAUCUCAGCAGGCUGAAUCUUUGGUGAAAGCUCAGCAAGAUAUGGCAGAAACAUUUGGAGAGUUAGGUUUGACAUUGAUUAAGUUGACAAAAUUCGAAAAUGAGGAGGCUGUAUUCAACUGUCAAAGAGUCUGUGCCAAUGACACAAAAAAUAUAGCAACUGCUGCUGUGAAAGCAAGCAGAUUAUAUCGAGAGCUCAAUGCUCAAACUGUGAAACAUUUGGAUGUACUUCACGAUUAUCUUGGGCUAAUGCUAGCAGUUCACGGUGCAUUCUCAGAACGCUCAAGUGCUUUACUGACCGAGCAAACUCUAUUGUCUGACUUGUCCUCAUUGCAUACAAGGGCUGAAAAGCUUGAAGCCGCAUCAUCUAAAGUAUUUGGUGGUGACAAAUCAAGGAUUCAGAAGUUAGAGCAGUUAAAAGAAACCAUAAGGACUACAGAGGAUGCUAAAAAUGUAGCAGUGCGAGAAUACGAGCGUAUAAAGGAAAACAACAGGAGUGAACUGGAAAGAUUCGACAGAGAAAGACAAGCCGACUUCUUGAGUAUGUUGAAAGGGUUUGUAACAAAUCAGGUUGGAUAUGCAGAGAAAAUUUCUGAUGUAUGGGCAAAGGUAGCAGAGGAGACAAGCAACUAUUCAAAGGAGAGCAAUUGAACUUGUGUGGGUAUCAGUUCAAAGCCUCAAGAACAACAUUCUUUUUUCCUCGUUUUUCUUUCUUGAUCUCACUAGAUUCAUUUUACGUCCACUUUGUUGAUAUAAUUUACCAUUUUUAAGGUAAUAAAAUAUACAAAGAGGAACACUUGGGGAGGGAAGGUUUUUUUUCAACAUCUUAUUGCCCAAGUUGUGUCUCUACGAAAUGUUUAUGUUCACACACUGAGCUGAUGAAGUUCGUAUGAAACUGAAGUUUGAUAUUGUAAAUUGAUCUUCUCGUCUUUCCGAUUAGGUUGACUUUUUGAUCGAUCGUAUAUAUCUACAUCAGUUGAGUUUUAUCUCGA